CGAUUUGUUCGGGUCUUGUCUGACGCAGACAGGCCCCUCUUGAUUCUUCUUCUUCAUCAUGUCGGCAGAAAUGGCGAACGAGAUCAAGCUGAUCAGUGGCCGCAGCCACCCCGAGCUGAGCGACAAGAUUGCGAAGCGGUGGCGAGGACCAUCUCCCUCAACUACUCCAACCAGGAAACCUCCUUCACUGUCGGCGAGUCGGUCCGCGACGAGGAUGUCUUCAUUGUGCAGUCCACCGCUACCGGCGACGUGAACGAGGGCUUGAUGGAGCUGUUGAUCAUGAUCUCGGCCUGCAGAACUGCUAGCUGUUAUGACAAGAAGGACAAGUCCAGAGCUCCCAUCAGCGCCAGAUUGGUCGCCAACAUGCUCCAGACAGCUGGCGCGAACCACAUCGUGACGGUCGACCUCCACGCUUCUCAGAUCCAGGGCUUCUUCAGUGUCCCAGUCGACAACCUCUACGCCGAGCCCUCUUUCCUCCGCUACAUCAGGGAAAACUUCAACCCAGAAGACUGCGUCAUUGUGUCACCCGAUGCCGGCGGUGCCAAGCGCGCUACCUCGAUUGCCGAUCACCUCAACACCGCUUUCGCUCUCAUCCACAAGGAGCGCCCCCGGCCAAACGUUGUCGGUCGCAUGGUCCUUGUCGGCAACGUUGAGGACAAGGUUGCCAUUCUCGUUGACGACAUGGCUGAUACCUGCGGCACUCUGGUCAAGGCUGCCGCGGUGCUCAAGGAGAACGGCGCCAAGUCGGUGCUGGCCCUUGUUACCCACGGUAUUCUGUCUGGCAAUGCCAUUGAGACCUUGAAUGGAAGCGUCCUCACCGCCCUGGUGGUCACCAACACUGUGCCACUCGGCGACAAGGUGCAGAGGUGCCCCAAGCUUCGUGUUAUCGACAUCAGCCCGACCGUUGCCGAGGCCAUCCGUCGUACUCACAAUGGCGAAUCCGUAUCGUAUCUUUUCACUCACGCCCCCGUCUAA